GCCAAACAUUGCAUACAGAGUGUGGGAUCAUCUUUUUAGUCAGACCUCGCAGCAGCACCACAUCACAUCACUCAUAUCUACUCUAAUGUUAUAUUACACUGUAAUUAGAGUGUUAUAAAGUAGACAUAAGUACAUCCUUCAGUGUGUAGAAACCAUGGGACUGCUCUAUUUCUUCUUGGCAUUACAAAUCUACUAUCAAGUUCAAACAAGUACCGGUGCACUGACAGCAUGUGGAAGCAAUCAGUUCACGUGUGCUAAUGGGAGAUGCAUCACCAUAAGAUGGAUGUGUGAUGGUGCAGAUGACUGUGGAGAUGGCACGGACGAGUUUCAUGACACCUGCAUGGCCAAAACAUGUAGACCAUCAGACUUCAGUUGCAAUGGCCGCUUUCGCCAGUGUAUCCCAAACACUUGGCGCUGUGAUGGGAAAGCAGACUGUGAAGACGGAGCUGAUGAAGAGAGAUGUGAACCUAAAAACUGUACAAACACUGAGUUCCGUUGCACAAAUGGCCAGUGUGUGUCUACAUCCUUUGUGUGCGACGAUGAAACAGACUGCGACGACGGCAGUGAUGAGGCCUCCUGCCCACUGGCCACGUGCAGUGUCACUUCUUUUCAGUGCAAUAAUAGCAUUUGCAUCCCACGUCUGUGGGCCUGUGACGGCGAUGCCGACUGCGCAGAUGGCUCGGAUGAGUGGCCCCAGAACUGCGGUACGACGGCACCUGCCUCUUCUUCAGCUCACGACUGCUCUUCCCUGGAAUUUCACUGUGGUAGUGGAGAGUGCAUUCACGGGAAUUGGAAGUGUGAUGGAGAAGCUGACUGCCGUGACCGAUCCGAUGAAAGUGACUGCGUACGCCGCACAUGCCGUCCUGAUGAGUUUCAGUGUGAUGAUGGCACUUGCAUUCAUGGAAGCCAUCAAUGCAACUAUCGGUUUGACUGCAGGGACAUGAGUGAUGAAAGAGGCUGUGUCAAUGCAACUCAAUGUGACACUGUGACCAGAUUUAAGUGUCAAAGUGGGGAGUGUAUCAGCAAGGAUAAGCUUUGUAACAAACAGCGUGACUGCAGGGAUUGGUCAGAUGAGCCAAUAAGAGAAUGUGGCUUCAAUGAAUGUCUCUUCAACAAUGGUGGCUGCUCUCAUGUCUGCAACGACCUAAAAAUCGGUUUUGAGUGUCUUUGUCCUACUGGAUAUGAACUGGUCAAUAAAAAUCACUGUGAAGAUAUUGAUGAGUGCGCCAACCCGGACACCUGCAGCCAGAUCUGCAUUAACCAGAUAGGCAGUUACAAAUGCGACUGCGAAGACGGUUACCAAGUUGACCCAUCAACCAAAGCCUGCAAGGCCAUUGGUACAAUCGCUUAUCUUUUCUUCACCAAUCGCCAUGAAGUAAGAAAGAUGACCUUGGACAAAAGUGAGUACACGCAGGUCAUCCCCCGUCUGAAGAAUGUCGUGGCUCUGGACAUGAACAUCGCUACGAAAGACAUCUACUGGUCAGAUAUAUCCCAAAAGAAAAUUUACAGAGCUCCAAUGGAUUCAGCGCAGGACUCCACUCAUCACACUGUUUUGGUUUCUAAUGACAUCGAUGCCCCUGAGGGUAUUGCCUUUGACUGGAUCCAUAGCAACCUGUAUUGGACUGAUAGCAUUCGUAGCAUCAUCUCUGUGGUAACUGCUGAUGGUCGUCGUCGUAAGACUCUCUUCUCCCAAGGCUUAUCUAAACCCCGUUCAAUCGUUGUUGACCCUCACAGCAACUUCAUUUACUGGACAGAUUGGGGAAAUCCUGCUAAAAUCGAAAAAGGUGGUCUGAAUGGAGGUGAUCGCAUCGCUCUGGUCACUGACAACAUUGUGUGGCCCAAUGGAAUCACGCUUGACCUGUUAAACCAGCGACUCUACUGGGUGGACUCAAAGUUACACACCCUUUCCAGUAUCGACGUGCAGGGUGGGGGGAGGCACACUCUCAUUAUUGAUGAAAACAAGCUGAGCCACCCUUUGGGAAUUACCGUGUUUGAGGAACGAGUGUUCUGGACAGACGUCAGCAACAAUGCCAUCUUCAGUGCUAAUAGGUUGACUGGUACAGAUAUCUCUCCAGUGGCAGAGCACCUGUCAUCUCCAGAAGACAUUAUUCUGUACCAUAACCUUAAACAACCAGCUGGGAGAGACUGGUGUCAGGUUUCCAAUGGUGGCUGUGAAUUCAUGUGCCUGGGAGCGCCUCAAGUGGGCAGACGUCCACCUAAAUACACCUGUGUCUGUCCUGAUAACAUGAUGCUAGCAAGUGAUAUGAGGAGAUGUGUACCAGUGGCAUCAACAUCUGCAGCUCCAGUGCAACCCCAGAUUCCAACCACCAACCAACCUGUACUAGCCACAAAUCCACCCAUAUCCCACACCUCUAUUGCUCCCAUUACAAGCACAAGGCUUGUGAUGAAGACGGAACAGAGCACCACGAGGCCUCUGGUCAGAACAACCACACCUGGAGUCAAGAAAACUACACCACAGCCAGCAAAACCCAAAUCCCACCAGACCACCACACAAACUCCAGUCAUUUCUCAAGACAUUCCCAAAGAGUCUUCUGCGGUGGAGCCCAAAUCUUCUAGCACCCCAAUUGCUUUGUACAUCGUCUUACCUCUGGCAAUCGUUUGUAUGCUGACUUUUGGAGGCAUUCUACUAUGGAAGAACUAUAAGCUAAAGAACACCAACACGAUUCACUUUGACAACCCUGUCUAUCAAAAAACAACGGAGGACCAAGUGCACAUUUGGAGGAACCACAGCACUGAUGGUUAUUCCUAUCCAAAGAAACAAGUUGUGAGCAUGGAUGAAGAGGCGGACAACCCAAUGUUUACUGAAAACUAAAUCUCAAAAUGAGAUUGAAUUCAAAAGCAUUAUAAGAGAACAAUAUCCUUAUGCUGCAACAAAUCCUCUAGGAAAUCCAGGUUCAGUUGAUUUUGAUCAUUUAACAUUUUCUUUUAUGUAUGUUGCCCCCCCCCCCCCCCCCCCCAACUUCAUAUUUCAGUCUUAAGAAGUCUAAUGACUUUGUAUGUGAUCUCUCUGUUACUGCGGCAACUUCUAGUUACUUCUAGUUUAGUUGGUUUAAGGAUGUAACACAUUAGCUUAAAUUCAAAUAUAGAUUCAAGGUACUAAAUUCAUGCAAGUUUUGCACAUUGUGAUCCAAGUUACAACUUGAAAUGUACCCAAGUCUUUCAUAUUGUUGAUGGCUUCAUAGUGAAAUGCACAAAUAUGAGUGGACUAAUAGCAAUUUCUCAAAAUAAUAUGGGGUUCUUUCUUCUUGAAUCUGAAAUUAUUUGAAACGGAGGUUUUAUCGUUUCAAGUUGAAUGUAGAUUGCAAAUGUGAAAUGUGUGGCAAUACCUAAUUUGCCUUUAUCAGUUAGGGAUCUUAUUACAAUACCAGAAAUCACUUCUGUAAUGAUUUUAAAUGACCACUUUUGGAGAGAAACAACCUCAAGUAAUGCUGCUUACUAGUGCCUUGAAUAGUGCACUGCAUACCCUUAGUCUAAAGAGGACCUAUGCAUUCCUCAGUUUAUCUUUGAUGCAACCAUGUGUGACCAAUGGGGCCUAAUGCGUUGUACUACAACACGUGUAUAUUUUUAGCCUCUCACAGGAGCAGGAUUUAACGCAGCGUUGCCGACAAAAGAAAAACAUGUGCUUGAUGACAGUCUUUUUUAGCUCCAGCACAUUGUAUUGUGAGUGGAUGGUGCUUUUUAUUGUAGCUCAAAAGUCAAUGUUAGGUUAUUGUACCUUAUAAAAAUCAAUGCCUAUUUACAGUGGCUUGUUACAACAAAGAGAGGCUAUUGUGAUGUUUGCUGGUUUUUGUCUUUCAGGUGAAAUCUUACAUACUUGUGUAGAUGUACAAAUGUUGAUUGUUUUUUUCUUCUUCUAUAUUCGCCCACCAGUUUAUGCGUGUGUAAAUAGGGUGUUCAUAAAUGUAAAUAUUUGUUCAGUUUUCAGGAAAUGAUAUCUUUGCUGUACCCAUUUUGUCAACUGUGCAUAAAUAAAAAAAAUCUAUUUAUUUUAGAUCCUUUCUGGGUUCUUGUGUUUAGCUGUAGCAUGUAGUAUGAUUGUUGAAGCUCUGUUAUUCACAGUUAACCGCAGUAUUCUCAUUGGCUGCCAUUAAUGGUGAUAGAGGUCCACUCUACUUGAACUGGGAGAGCUAGCAGUGAAUGAACAAAAGUUCAUUCGCUGUUAGCCCUCCCCAUUCAAAUGGAUUGGAUUUCUACUAAUGAUAAACAAAUUCAAAAUUCAGAGCACAAGGAUGUAAAAAGACAUGAUUAGACGUCUAUCUUCGUCAAUGGCACUGAAAGAGUUAUUUUGCUGUACCUUGACAAUGUAAUACAUUUCCUUUUGGUUUGUAGCAAAAACAUUAAACACUUUUUGUCUAAUGCCAAUUGAAUAAAAUGUGCUAAAGCCAAACCAAGCCAAACUAUACUGUAUAGUACACAGUAUAAUAAACUAGCUCAUCUCUGGGCGAAAACCCUACAGAGCAUUCCUUUUAACUGCUCAAAGAGAGACUAACCCCAAAGAGGAAAUUUUUUUAGAUAUCUGGCUAUUUUUUAUUUGUCCGUUUUACCCUGGAAACCACUGUUUACAGACGUCGCGCAAUAAAGCCCGCCCGUCUCAUCAGACCAUAGGACAUGGCUCCAGUAAUCCAUUUGAUUUGUUGACAUGUCUUCGGCAAACUGUUUGCGGGCUUUCUUGUGUACCGUCUUCAGAAGAAGCUUCCUCCUGGGGUGACAGCCAUGCACACCAAUUUGAUGUAGAGCGCGGCGUAUGGUCUAAGCAGUAACAGGCUGACCCCCCACCUCUUCAAUUUCUGCAGCAAUGCUGACAGCACUCCUGUAACGAGUCACAUGACAUUUUGGAGUGAAAGUGACAAGCAGUACUCAAUUUGGACAUUUAGGGAUGUAAGUAGUUUCUAAGGGGUGUACUCACUUUGGUUGCCAGGGGUUUAGAUAUUAAUGGGUAUGUUUUGAGUUAUUUUGAGGGGAAAAUAAAUUAACUCUACUAUAUAAGCUGCACACAGACUACUUUUCAUUGUGUCAAAGUGUCAUUUUGUCAGUGUUGUCCCAUGAAAAGAUACACCGUAUUGGCCCGAAUAUAAGAUCGUGUUUUUUGCAUUGAAAUAAGACUGAAAAAGAGGGGGUCGUCUUAUAUUCGCGGUCUAGACAUUAUACCCAUUCACGACGCUAGAUGACGCCAGAUAUCAUUGAAGCGAUGUUCUGUUAUGACAGAUCUCAGCUACUCUCCCCAUUCACGACGCUAGAUGGCGCCAGAUAUCAUUGAAGCGAUGUUCUGUCAUGACAGAUCUCAGCUACUCUUCUUAGUUUAACCAGUUUGCAUUAUUUUAUUGCAAUGUUUUUCCUUAUUCAGAUUUGUUUCAAGACUACAGUUACAGUUAGACUUCACUUUGAUGGUUAAUGCAGUUAUUGCAAUUAUGUUGUUUAAUCACAAUAGAUUGGUUUAUUUACAUUUCAAAAACCAGAACCCAUUCAUUUACGAAUGUGAUUGCACUUUUGGUUACAUAUUUAAAUGUUCAGAUAUUAAGAUUUGAAUGAGGCAAAAUAACAUGCUUUUU